AUGGAUAUCACACUCAACAUAUCAGAUAAUGAGAUUCAUAGUUUUCUCUUCUGCCUGCUGGACUUCCCCAAGCUGCUGGUUUACCGUCCGCAAGGCCCCGGCGCCCCAGCCCCGGAGAUCCGACCCGGCCUGGUCAGCUUCGGUCGCGGCAAGUCCUGUCUCUUCUGCCUGCACCCCGCCACCCUGCAGCAGCCAGCUCCUUUGGACCCCGCUUUACACCUUGCUGCUGCUGCUGCCCGCCUCCCCCCCCCACCGGGGCGUCCCACGCCCGCCCCGCAGCUCCUCGGUGCCUGCAUCAUCUCUCUGGCUGCCGCCGCCCACAAGGUCCUGGGGCAGGCCGCCCCUGGCUGCUCCCAUGGCUAUCCAGGGAGUUUCCCGCUGUAUAACCAAGUUGGGGAGCGGAUUGGGGACAUUGCCCUGGGCUACCACUUAACCGAUUUAGGAAGCAGCUUGUUGGGGCAUCUUGAGAGGCCGGUCGCUUCCACGGGAGGUGGGGUGAAGCACGGAGAGAUCGGUUCCCAGACCCGGCAGGAAAACCAGCAGCCACGCUCAGAGCCAAGAACAAGACAUGCCGACAGUUUUCUCGUGGUUUUAAAAAUCCCAAAAGCACAGAAGGGUUUGGAGGAAGGAACUUUCCCCAGUAAGACCAAUUCUGGUGACACGGUUUCUGUGAAGCAUGGCAAAACCAACUUAAAUUCUAGUGGUGUGAGGAGUUUAGCCCCCCCAAAUCAGGAAGUCACAGAGUUAGACAUCGAAACAAACACAUUUUGCCCCCCUCCUCUGUAUUACACUCAUUUGACAGAAAAGAUGCCCCCUGUACAGGGUACAAUCACCAUUAAGCCUCAGAUAAAUGUACCUGAGGAACCGGAUGGUAUUUGUGUGGAGGAAAACAGUGCAACUGCCCCCAAACAUACUGAUUUUCUGAAACGUACUAAUUCUGGGGCACAUGAAAAUCCUCCAGUGCCCAUAAAUCCUCCGCACAUUCAGGAUGCAGGAGCACGUGACCAAACUUUAGAUCAUGUUCAAACUGAACAAAAUAGAAUUAAUACAAUAAGGCAGCUGCCUUUGUUAAAUGCCUUGUUGGUUGAGUUGUCCGUGUUAUAUAACCAACCUGUGGCAGGCCCUACUCAAAUACAUCCUCACUUAGCCUGGUUAUAUAGAACUGAGGAUAAGAAGUCACCAGGAUCUUCUGCCAAAUGCACAUGUAAAUCUGAAUCUAAGGAUAAGCUUCCUGUGGAGGGAAAUGAAAAGUCAGUGAAUCUUCAGUAUAAAAAGAACCAAGUCGAAAAUCUCAGAAAAGGUAAACAUUUUGAAAAGAACAGUGGUGACCCCCCCAGAAGAGUCCCAAGGGGGAAGCUGCUUUACGGUCUAACAAAUACACUUAAACUACAUUUAAAGCAGACAAAUCUUGAUAUUUUGGUAGUACAUGAAAGAAGAAAGCAGUAUAGAAAAAUGCAAGCACAAAUGUUGGGUGCAAAACUCAGAAUUCCUUCAUCCAAAGUUAAAGUAUUAAGCUUUGCAGAACAACAUCAGAAGCCAUGCCAACUGCCAAAAGACGAGUGUUUGGGCUUAGAUGCAUCUUUUGCUGAAAACAGUGAUAACUCAAAGCAAAUCAGUGGAGUUUUUGAUGACCCUAGCACGACUAAAGAAACUAACCUGAAAUGUGCAACUGAAAAAACUGUAGAUUGUGGUGAACAUAGAACAGAUAAUGGUUUAUUGGAAGAAAUUGUGAGGCCUGCAAAUUCCACUGUUCCACAAGGGUUUAUGCAUGCAAGUAUUUUGGAAGGAAAAGUAGAAAUGAAAGUCCAAAGUCCAUGUGUUUUCCAACAAGUUGCAGUUAUUGACAGAACUGUAGUAGAUAAAGAAAUGGAAGAUAAACAGGUCAAAACCACUGAUGAUGACAUUCUUAAUGAUGAUGUCGGUGAAGAUAAACCAUGUAAAAAUAGUUGCUCUGAAAGCAUCUCAGAACUCAGGUAUUCCGAUGACUUCACCAGCCCUUGCUCUUCUGAAGAUUUCUCUACCUCUGAGGACACUAGCAGAAUUUUACAAACUCAUGAUAGCAGUCCCGGGUCAGAAAAUCCAAAACAUAAUCAAUAUACAAGUAAAUCUAGUGAAGCAAUACUGUCCAAAUGAAAAAACAGCAGUGAAAAGAGUUCUGUUCUUAGCCUGCCUUUUUCAACUGGGUCGCCAGUAUACUCAUGUAAAAGAUCUUAUAUUUCAAAGAUUAAAGAUAAAAGUUUGGAGGAAACGUCUAGUAUCUCUACCAGUGAUUUAUCUUCAUCACAUUGGACUGAGGAGAAAGAAAACCAGAUAGAUCAAAACAGUAUGCAUAAUACUGAAGUUCUAAAGAGGGGUCAGGACCUCCCUACUAAACUUAAAACAAGAACUGGUUGCAAGUCUUCAGAAAAAAGCUAGUCCCCUCGGACAUCACAAGUGAGUUCUUAUCUGCCAUCUAACUUGUCGCACCUGGAACUUAAUGUCCUGGACAGCAGUGCACCAGAUCACUUUGACAAAGAUGAUGAAGUUGCCUCACUAAGUAUUUACAAUCAAUUCAAGGAUAUUUGUGAAUUAGUGAUAAAUAAACUUCCAGGAUAUACAGUGUGAAAAUACGUGCUUUUAAAAAACAUUUUAUUUUUGUAUAACCUAUGUGUACCGUUAGUGAAACAAUUUUAAAUAAUUUUUUACAUUAUUUUAGUACAUAAAUUACAUGGGUAAUUUUUAAAGAAAUAUGUUAUUUUGAUGUCUAGAUAGUAUUUAUUAAGUUGAACAAUAUUAAUCAUGAAAUUACCUUAUAACCUAGGUAAGAUUGAAGUUGUUUAAUCUUAGAAGAAUAAAAGUAUCUUUCUAAACUCUGAAAAAAUCAGUCAUCCUAAAGCAGACUUCAGGCACACCAUUAAAAAAGAAGCCUAGUUAAUAAGGAUAAUCUCAGCUUCUAACGGGAAUAAAUCAUUUGACAAAUAUCGAAGAACUUACUGUGUGAGAUGCAGAAAGGUACAAAAAUGUUUAACAUACAGCCCCUGUAGGUAGAGCUUACUGUUUUACACAUAUAUGAAUUCUUUAGGGAAAUCUUUGAUAUAUACACAUCACAUACCCCAAUAGGUAAAGUCCUUUUUAUAUGUCAUCAUGUGCUCUACUUUUUUUUAAAUGCAGUUUGUGUGAUCACUUGAUUAAUGUUUAUCUUCUUAAGUUUUGCGAAGGAAGGGACUGUAUCUGUUUUGCCCACCAGUAUAUGUUCCUGGUAGCUAGCACAGUCUGGCCUUGGUUGGGGUGUGAUAAAAUCAUGUGUUGAACAAAUUAAUGAAGGCCACACAUUUAAAAUAACCUGAUGGUAGCCAAUAGAAUUAAGCAGUCAAACAAGCAAAAAUUCUAAGAAUAAGCAGCAGAAAAUCCUUAUUGGAAACAUGGUUAUUUGACUACAAUAUUUUUGUUUUGGUGUCUAUAAACAGCCUGCAGAUGUUCAACAAAGUAUUUGGGAAAGGAAGCUAAGAAAGGUGUCUUCCAGUUUCUUAUAUAGAAAUUCAGUUUAUUGUUGUCAUUUCAGGUUGUUCCAUAGUUAUUUUUAAGGUAUUCAAAGUUUGUUUUUAUCUAGUGAUCAUUUCUUUAUAAUUUCUUUCAUUGGUUUUGUACUUAGACCUUAUUGUGUUCAACUAUUUACAUGUAAUUUUUAUGUAUUAUAUUUUAAUUUUUAUACUUUUAAUAUAUCUGAUCUUUUUAGAUAUAUAGAGUGAGGCCCUAAUUUUCCUUCCUUUGUAAGUAAUCAAAUAACAAUGCAGGUAUUAUCUUUUGAAUGAUAGUAAAAUUUAGAAAGGUGGUAAAAGAUGAGGAUACUAUAUUUUGAGAAACAAUAUGCAUAAAAGAAAUAUGGGAAUGAACAUAAUGUACUCAUGGGACUGAGAAAAUAUCUUGAUUAGAAUGGUAGAGUGGUUGAAAGGAUAUUUGUUGAGU